AAAUUAAAAAAAAAAAAAUCUUUUUUUGACAGUGCUUGUUUCAUAGCAUGGCCAUCAGGCGGUUCCAUCGGCGGCCAAUAGUUCCGUCACGGUGAAUGCCGUUAUUAUUAUAUACAGAAUAUCAGAAUAUAUAUUCUUUCCUCGCAGUAGAAUUGAGUAGAAUACACACCAGUUUAGACUUCAGAUGAACCACCACUGUCAAGCACAUUUUCACUUAUCGUUAGGCAAUUGUGGUGGAACAAAAUUUUAUCUCAAAGAUAAACUUAAACAAACAUAAAAACAGUUUAAUUAAAUAAUAAAAAAUAUUUUUGGUUCUUUUUUUUUUUUUAAAUUAAUCAACAAUUAUUGACAAGUGUAUUGGUGAUAUUUUAUUGUUUUUAUCAUUAGUUAAUUAGUUUCUAAAUUUAAUUUUUAUUUCAUCACAAUUGUGAUGUUUUAUUUUGAUAAUUAUCCUGUGAAAUUAUUGAUGAUCUAAAUUGUUAUUCAACCAACUAUCACUAAAAUGUUUUAUGGAUUUUAUGAGGGUCAGGCAAUGUUCCAAAUUCGAUUGCGAUGAUACACGAUAAAUUCCAAACAAGUUGAUGGUCAAAAAUAAAUAAUAAAAUAAAAAAUUACGUAAGAUGAAAAAACAAUCCUAGCAAAAAAUAAAUUGCCUAGGCUAAUGAUAAAAAUCAUCAAUAACCAGAAGCCAAUAACAACAACAACAACAACAACAAUAAAAUAAAAUUAAAGAAAUAAAAAUAUUAAAAAAUUGUUGUUAUAAUGAUGAUGAUGAUGAUGAAAAGAAACUACGCUGUUCGUUUGUCAAUAGGGCUAAAUAUUUGUGUAUUAUUAUAUGUUUGUGCACAUUUUGGAUCAUCUGGACCAUGGUCAGAAGACGGAGCAACAAAUUGGGAUAAUAAUGUUGUUCAAGCUCCACUUGUACAGGAUAAUCAAAAUAAUAAUAUAAUUCCUUUUUCAUCAAAUGCAAGUGAACGAAUAGUUGAUGUACAAACAAAUAAAGAAACUAUUAUUAUUGAAAAAGAUGAUAAAGAAAAAAUUGAUGUUAUAACAAGUGGUUUUGAUGGUGUAAUUAAAGAUGUAGAAUCAACGAAAAUUAAUUUACAAACUGAAAGUGUACCUGGAGGACAAGAGAGUCCACCAUUGGUAGAGUCUUCCAUUAGUCUUCAAGAUGCAAUUGGAUGUAAAGAUAAAAAUCUUGAUUCAAGAGUAUCACAACGUGGUGAUUACUGGGUACUUUAUAAUUAUGUACCAAUGACAGUAUCAGUUAAAUGCUGGGAAACAAUAACAUAUACAACUCAUGCAGAUUUUACAUUUCUUGAUAAUUUAGAGCCACUUCUUGAACGAUGGAGAGCACCAGUAUCAAUUGCAAUGUAUACACCUGGUACUGAUAUACAACCAACUAUUGAAGCAAUUAAAUACUUGAGAAAUUGUGCAAGUCCACUUGUCGCUCAGCUUGUUACUUUUCAUCUGUUUUUUAGCAGUAAGCACGUUCCAAAAUCGAUUCCUUCACGUGAAAAAAUUCUAUCAGAUAGUUACAAUUGCAGUGCAGUUGCACCAUGGUUAAAUUCACUUUAUACAACAAAAAUGUAUAAAAAUGAAAAAAAAUUAUUAUAUCCAGUUAAUGUUGGACGUAAUAUUGCACGUGAAACAGCAGUAACACAUUAUGUAUUAGCAAGUGACAUAGAAUUAUAUCCAAGUCCAGAUUUACCAUCAAGGUUUUUAGAAAUGAUACGUCAACGUGAUCAACCAGAAUUAUUAAAGCCAAAUCCAAAGGUAUUUGUCUUGCCAAUAUUUGAGGUUGAUGAAAAAAGUAAACCACCAAAAAAUAAAACAUUACUCUUAAAAAUGUUAAAAAAUGGUACAGCAAUACCAUUUCAUAAAAAAGUAUGCUCAGGAUGUCAUAGUGUACCAAAAAGUAAAGAAUGGAUGGAAGAAAAAGAAGUUGCUGGUUUACAUGUAUAUCAUGUUGGUAAACGUACUGGAGUGUUUAUACAUUGGGAGCCAAUAUUUAUUGGAACAAAUUUGGAUCCAAUGUAUGAUGAAAGAUUAAGUUGGGAGGGUAAAAGUGAUAAAAUGACACAAGGUUAUGCAUUAUGUGUACUUGAUUAUGAUUUUUUAAUACUUGAUAAUGCUUUUCUUGUACAUCGUCCUGGUAUUAAAAUUUAUAAAAAAGAUAGUAGACGUGAUGCAUUAGCAGCCAAGACAAAUGUGCUAAUUAAAAAAAUUAUUGUGCCCGAGCUUAGAGUUAUUUAUGGAACAAGAAAAGGUUGUGUUGUUUAAAAUUGUUGUUGUUGUUUUUAUUUUUCUUUUUUAUAUUUGUUUUUUUUGUACAAUUAUUUUUUUGAAAAAGAAAAAACAAAGACAAACAAUUAACGAGUAAAAAAAAAAAACGUGAUAAAAAUAAUAAUAGUAAUAAUGUGACUGAGGAUGUGUACAAACAAAACCUCAUGAUUUUAUUUUUUUUUUUUUAAAUACUCCUAUUAUAAUAAGUUUAAUAUGAAAAUAAUUUAGAUGAUAAGUGAUUAUCCCCCGAUUGGAUAAACAAUCAACCGAAAUCUUCUGUUCAGUAUUAAAUAUUUUUUUUUCUUUUUCUACAAAUAAUAAUUCAUUGUCGUGGUGCCAUAGUAUGAAAGUAAUUAUUUUUUUUUUUUGUAUAAAUACAUGGCCAAAAUAGUACUUAAAUUAAAUCAUGUAAAAAAAAAAGUUUAUUAUAAAAACCAGAGAUAAUUUCGUGUUGACCAAAGAAUUUUCAAAAUAGACCAAUCGGGUUAGUAU